CCAACACGAUGAAGAAACAAGAAAUACUCAAUUCAAGUCAAUUCUAUAUGAUCUUCAAAUUGCCAAUAUAUGUCAUUAGUUCUGAAAGGUUCUCUGACUUUUCUUCUCAACCAUCACCAUGAGUCACUCAGGAUUGGCACGAAAUCUUAUUUAUAGUACCAAUUCAGUUCAAAUUAAACACAUAAAUACUCAGAGGCCUCGCCACUCGUGUCAGGUUUCGAUGAAUCUUCAAUCCGAGGCAUUGCGAUCAAUGGACGGUUUGCUUGAAUGUUCAGCAAACUAUGUUCCAUUGACACCCAUAAGUUUCUUGGAGAGAGCAGCAAAUGUUUUUAGAGGAAGAACUUCUAUCAUUGAUGGACCUUCUGUGAAGUAUACUUGGGAAGAGACGCAUGCACGGUGUAUAAAGCUUGCUUCUGCUUUGUCUGAGCUUGGGAUUUCUCGUGGGGAUGUGGUUGCAACAUUGGCUCGAAAUGUAUACGCAAUGCAAGAGCUGCAUUUUGCAGUACCAAUGGCUGGCGCAGUUCUUUGUACAUUAAAUACACGUCAUGAUUCAGCUAUGAUAUCAGUACUGCUAAAACAUUCAGAAGCAAAAGUCAUAUUUGUGGAUCAGCACUUGCUUCAACUUGCUCAGGGAGCCAUAGAUAUUCUUGCUAAUGAAAAAGUAAUACCACCACUUCUUGUUGUAAUAUCUGAAUCCAACAAUUCUACUCCUACUGUGGCGAAGUCUAAUACUCAUGAAUAUGAAAGUCUCCUGGAAAGUGGAAAUAGCGAAUUCGCUGUAAGGUGGCCGAUAAGUGAAUUUGACCCUAUAAGUGUUAACUAUACUUCUGGAACAACGUCGCGACCCAAAGGAGUUGUUUACAAUCACAGAGGUGCAUAUCUCAAUACCAUUGCUACAUUUAUGCUUCAUGAGAUGAGUUCAUGGCCUGUUUACCUUUGGACCGUCCCAACGUUUCACUGCAACGGAUGGUGUCUGACUUGGGGUCUAGCUGCACUUGGUGGUACAAGUAUUUGCCUUAGACAGGUUUCUCCAAAAGUCAUAUUUGAAAGUAUAGUAGAGCACAAUGUCACACAUUUGAGUGGUGCACCAACUAUUCUAAACAUGAUUGUGAAUUCGCCCGAAAGUAAUAGAAAACCACUUCCACACAAGGUUAACAUAAUGACAGGUGGUUCACCACCACCACCACAAAUCCUUUCCCAAAUGGAGGAACUCGGGUUUCGAGUACAUCACUUAUAUGGACUAACAGAAACAUAUGGUCCAGGUACAUAUUGUUUGUGGAAGCCUGAGUGGGAUUCUUUGCCACCAAAUGAAAAGUACAAACUAAAAGCAAGACAAGGAGUGCAACAUCUUUGUUCAGAGUCAGUGGAUGUGAUGGAUCCUAUCACAAUGAAGAAAGUACCAGAAGAUGGUAAGACAAUUGGUGAAAUUAUGUUCAGAGGGAAUACUGUAAUGAGUGGAUACUUGAAUGAUUUAGAAGCAACAGAAGCAGCUUUUAAAGGUGGAUGGUUUCAUAGUGGUGAUUUGGCUGUUAAACAUCCUGAUGGUUACAUAGAAGUUAAGGACAGAUUGAAAGAUAUCGUAAUCUCUGGUGGAGAAAACAUAAGUACAGUAGAGGUGGAAAGGGUGUUGUAUAGUCAUCCAGCAGUUCUUGAAACAGCAGUAGUCGCGCGACCAGAUAAUUACUGGGGGCAGACACCUUGUGCGUUUGUGAAGUUGAAGGAUGGUUUUAAUAAUAUUAGUGAUCAAGAAAUUAUCAACUUCUGCAGGGAUAACUUGCCUCAUUACAUGGCGCCUCGAACCGUCAUAUUUCAAGAUCUCCCAAAAACUUCAACAGGGAAGAUACAGAAAUUUAUUCUAAGGGACAAAGCAAAAGCAUUGGGCAGUCUUUUCUGAAUGUUGAUGAUAAUUCUUUUUAAGUCUGAGUGUCAUUCUUCUAUGCCAUUUAACUCUGUGUAUCAUUCUUUUGGGCCACUCUGUUCAAUAUUGGCCAAAGCUGGCAAAUUGCUCUGAGUGGUAUAAUGCAUUUCUUUUGCUUGGUUUGUAGA